AUGCUCCUCCAACCCCGGAAAUCUAGCAUUGACCUUCAUUCUAACCCAAUAGCCUAUAAGCGAGCUCUGCUUCCCGAAGGUUUUCAAGUUGCUGAUUCGAGCCUUGCUGACGGGAGUUGCCUUGGUUCUACCCAGGCAUGUGGUAACGAAAAUCAACGGAUGCUGCUUCCACUGGAAACUUUUGCGGCGUCGCUUCAAAUUUGUCGAAUCACCAGCCAGGAUGAACUACACACCCCGGACUAG